ACUGCUACUGUGUAAAAAAAAUCCAAAAUUAUUUCACACAAACCCUAACCCUAAAACCCCCCUUUCCUUUUUUCGGCUCUUUAUUUUUUUUUCCUUCGCAAUGGAUGGCAUAGAGGGCGCUUCAAAUCCAACGAUGGAGGAGAUGCAGGCGAAUGGAACCGGAGGCGUCGACGAAUUGCCGUUAACUUCUACAUCGACGCGGAAGAACCGGCCGAUCGUAAGCGGCGAACCGCUAGAUAUCGAGGCUUACGCUGGGCUUUACACGGGCCGAACUAAGAUCAAGCGCCUCAUGUUCAUUGCCAACCACUGCGACAAUCCCGGUAUGCAAUUGGAAGCCCUUAGGAUGGCUUAUGAUGAAAUCAAAAAGGGAGAAAACACCCAUCUUUACCGUGAAGUAGUUCAGAAGAUCGACGGUCGAUUGGGUCCUAAUUAUGCGAUGGAUGCUGCAUGGUGCUCUACGAUUGAGCGGAAAGCUGAGCUGAGGAAAGAAAAGCUCGAAAGUGAACUCAAUGCUUAUAGGACGAAUUUAAUUAAAGAAAGUAUAAGAAUGGGAUACAAUGAUUUUGGUGAUUUUUACUAUGCUCAUGGUGCAUUGGGGGAUGCUUUUAAAAGCUAUGUUCGAACUCGCGAUUAUUGUACUACGUCGAAGCAUAUUAUUCAGAUGUGUUUGAAUGCAAUUCUUGUGAGCAUUGAAAUGGUUCAAUUUAGUAAUGUGACUAGCUACGUUAGUAAAGCUGAGCAAACACCUGAAGCACUUGAUCCCCCAACUGUUGCUAAGCUAUGUUGUGCUGCUGGGUUGGCUCAUUUGGAGGCUAAGAAGUACAAGCUUGCAGCUCGUAAGUUUUUGGAAGUUGGUCCAGAAUUGGGGAAUUCAUACAGUGAGGUUAUUGCUCCUCAAGAUGUUGCUACCUAUGGCGGGCUAUGUGCGCUUGCAAGCUUUGAUCGAACUGAGCUAAAGAACAAAGUCAUAGACAAUAUCAACUUUCGGGAUUUCUUGGAGUUGGUACCUGAAGUCAGGGAGCUUAUUAAUGAUUUUUACUCAAGCCACUAUGCUUCCUGCUUGGAAUAUCUUGGAAACCUCAAAUCAAACCUGAUGCUUGACAUUCAUUUAUAUGACCAUGUUGAGACCCUGUAUGAUCAAAUCCGCAACAAAGCCCUCAUCCAGUAUACCCUCCCAUUUGUGUCGGUUGAUAUGCGAAUGAUGGCUGAUGCCUUUAAAACAAGUGUUGUGGGGCUAGAGAAAGAACUGGAAGCCUUGAUUACUGACAACCAGAUACAGGCUCGGAUUGACUCGCACAACAAAAUUCUUUAUGCACGGCAUGCAGAUCAAAGAAAUGCAACUUUCCAACGGGUUUUGCAGACUGGCAAUGAGUUCGAUCAAGAGGUUAGGGCAAUGCUGCUGAGGUCAAGUCUACUCAAGUAUGAUUACAAUCUUAGGGCUUCGAGGAAACACUGAACUUUUUCACAUAAUCCACGAUCCCAAAAUUCAUAAUAAGUUUUGGCCCUGGCUUCCUGAUGUGCAGAGGAAAGAUUGGUUCCAUUGCGGUGGAGUGCAUUUCUGGGAUUUCGGGAUGACAUAAAUUUGUAUAUACUCUUAAAAUUUUCUCAUGAGUUUCAAUUAUUUGUUCUUCUUUACAUUUUUUAUUAGAAAGGUUCUGCUCAUGGUCUAGAUUCCCUGUUCUUUUAACUCUUAUUUUAUUUUCAAUAAUUCUCAUAGCACUUAUCUGGUUGAA